CUUUCGUGACAUAAUGUCGCUACUGUACACAGUUAAAAGGGCACUGGGCGGACGCUCUGUUCAUCAGUAUUCGACUUUUACAAUUUACGCCUUUUGAGUUACAGUAAAGACUCAAUCCUUUUAACUUUUCAUUCUUUUGAAGCGUGCAUCAAUCUUCACACUUCAAUUCAUUUUAUUCAUCACAGAGUGUCUAUUGCUACUAAUUGACCUUUUGUGAUUAGUUUUUAUCGAGACAACAAUUUGGUAAAAACUCAAUUUUGAAAACCCAUUUUUACGGUUUUUCUUAUUUUCUCUCUCUCUCUCUCUUUCCUUUUUUCCUUAUUUCAACCUCUCCCUAAUUAUCAAUGGCACCUCUUACUUCUGAAGUUGACCAAUCCUUGGACGAGGAAGCGCUUGUUACGAAGCAACACCUUGAGCGUGUGUACACUUCCAUUCAAAAGUAUGUUCAGGGCCCCGGUGUGUUUGAGCGUGCAUACACGUAUGUCCGCCAUUGGGCCACUGAGAGCGCAAUGAUUAUCGCAGAUGAACGGGUUUGGGAAAUUGGCGCCAACAAGGUCAAGCAAUCCCUCGUCAAGCACGGUCUCAGAGUCACCGAUGUGACAUUCGGAGGUGAAGCCAGUGAGGCUGAAUUGGAACGUAUUUGCACGCUUGCUGAAAGCGGCACCGAGCUGAUCAUCGGUGUUGGCGGAGGUAAGACUAUGGAUACCGCUAAGUAUGUUGCCAACAAAUUGCACCUUCCCUGUGUCAUCGCCCCCUCAACCGCUUCUUCCGACGCUGCUACCUCAUCUCUUUCUGUCAUCUACACUCCCGAUGGACAAUUCCAACGGUAUUCGUACUAUCCUUUGAACCCGAAUAUGGUCAUGGUUGACACCAAGGUGAUUGUUCAGGCUCCUGUUCGUUUCCUUAUUAGCGGUGUUGGUGAUGCUUUGGCUACCUGGAUUGAAGCUGAAAGUGUCAUCAAUUCCCAUGCAACCUCGGCUGCCGGUGGCACUCCAACCAUUGUGGCCGCAUACAUCGGUCGCGCAUGUAUGGACUCUCUGCGGAAGUAUGCUGUACAGGGCAUUCUCUCGAACAUCCGUCACGCAUGUACUGAUGCGUUUGAGGCUACUGUAGAGGCAAACACCCUUUUAUCUGGUCUGGGCUUUGAAAACGCUGGUUUGGCUGCCGCUCACGCAGUGCAUAACGGUCUUACCGUUCUUGGUGGCCCCAUCCAUCAAUUGAUGCACGGCGAAAAGGUUGCUUACGGUACUCUUGUUCAACUUGUGCUGGAGAACCGGACACUGGAGGAAUACUUCGACAUUGUUUCCUUUAUGGCCGAAUGCCAUCUUCCCAUUACGCUUGAGGAGCUUGGACUUGAAGACAUCUCUGACGAAGACUUGUUAAAGGUCGGCGAAGCCGCGUUGAAACCUGACGAGACUAUUCACAACAUGUCGAAGAAGUUCUCGCCUGGCGACAUUGCCGACGCAAUUCGCGCCGCUGACGCCUAUUCUAAGAAAUGGCGCCAAGUGAACAAUUGGACCGAAAAGUUCAUUGUUCCUCCUUCCCGUCACCAUGCUCACGUCCAGGACAUCCAUCCCUAAGCGCCGCUUCACAGUCAUUAAUGGCGCUGCAUGCGUGGUACACUGGCAAUGAUGCCCUACUUUCGAUCUUUUAACUAAGCUGAUGACUAAUGGUCCUGUCUUUUAACGAGCAUUUAAAUUUGGAAUCGUCAAAUCUUUUUGUAGUUUGAAACUUUUAGUUUCAUCUGUCUUGACUGAAUAAUGAAUGGAAAUGAAUUCUCACAUCUAACACGAACAAGUUGAACAGUGCAUUGUAGAAGAUGUAGUUGGAUAGAAUUCAUCGUGUUACACACGAUUCCAUGCUGUAGUAUGGGCAUUCUGGUGCUUCCUUGCUUUCUUUCGUAUCUCA